AUGGCGUUUUGGAAUGUGCCAGGACUGAAAAAUAAGGAUAAAGAUUUCUGGGAAGGACUGAGAACUUGGGAUAUAAUGAUAUUAAUGGAAACGUGGGUGGAUAAAAAGGAGUGGGAGAAAUUUAGAAAGUUCUUGCCGGGAGGAUAUAAAUGGAAGGUAAAGGAAAACACCGAUGUAAAACCAAAUAAGGAAAAAAAUAUGAUGGAUAGCAAGACAAGCAAAGAUUUACCGCCCCAGAGUGAUCGGACACUCAGAGGACGGCACGGUGGGAGUACUGUCCCUGCUCUCGCCGCGUCGUUAUCCAACGAAGGGCAGAAGGAGAGGUUGACGGCGGGCCCCUCUGAACAAUCUGCUACCGCCGUAGCUGAGCAGUACAAAGAAAAGAGGAAGGCUGACAAGAGCCUGGAGUCGGCUCUUCAAGAGGAUUUGGGGGUGGCCGAUUGCUCCUUUGUUACGAUGGGCAUCGGCGCCCUCUUCGACCAUGUGAGCAACUCCCUGGACGAGCCUUGGGAGCGACUUUGUCGUCGCUCCAAAAUGUCCAGGGAGGAGAAAGCGGGCAGGCCAAGGGAGCUUCGAGACAAGAUUGUUUCGGGUCUUCUUGAGCUCCAAGCCCGAUUCACCCCUCUCCGUGAGACGAUGGACGACAUCCAGAGGGGUGUCACCAAUGUGGCCAGUGUAGUGGAAAAAGUCGCUCGGGGGCAGGUUGCCUCUGAGCGACAAAUUACGGAGGCCAUCCUCCAGGUCAGCGAGGAUCUUGAUGAGGGUAAUACCUCCUGCCUCGCUGACCUAAAGGAAAUUAAGAAGGGUGUUGCGGGGGCGCGUGCGGCGAUUGAGGAGGUCCAUAAUGAGGCUUCCCGGUCGCUUCACGCGCUUCACGAGAGCAUGGAGACGUCGGUGCGUGCCAUCGCUGACGUCUCCAUGCCGAGGCCGGAAGAAGCUACAUGCUCCACUCCAGUCAGGGGGAGGAGUCAGAUUCCUCCCUCCAGGCUAGAGGAGAUUGAGAGGGUGGUGCGAUGCACCGUCUUGGGGGAGCUCCAAAAACUUUUGGAGCGGGGGCUCCCGAGACGGCCCCCACCUGUUAGUAGGAAAUCUCCGAUUCUCCCGCCUGUUCCUGUCAGGGCACAGACGGAGGAAAAGGAGCCAAGGAAGAAAAGAAAGAAGAAGAAGAAGAAGAAGGAGAAGAAGCAGGAGGUAAAGGCCACCAAGGCGCCUACGAAGGGUGGGGGGACGGCCGUUGGUGUCGGUCGAGGGGAGUCUUCCCCUCCUUUGACUCCACCUUCGUCAAGCCAGCGGCCGCCUCGCGGGGUACUCCCGCGUACUGAGGCGGUCACCUUGCGUCCUGAGGGGGAGAGCAUGUCGUAUGCCCAAGUCCUUCGAGACGCGAGGAAUAAGGUAGACCCUAGGUCGGUGGGCGUCUCCAGGGUCCGUCGGACCCUGGAGGGGCACUUGUUGUUGGAGCUUGGAGGGGAGGACCGCAAAUCCAAGGCGGAUUUCCUCGCCACCAAGUUAAAAGAGGCUCUCCCCGAAGGAGUCAGUGUGGCUUGUCCAUCCCGAAACGUGGAGAUAUUAGUUUCGGGAUUGGACGAGUUCACCACGGAGGACGACCUCUCCAAAGAGUUCGUGGCAGAAUUCGGUGGCGGGAGUGGCGUUAGGGUAGUAUCCCUGCGUCGCUCUCAGCCCGUAGGUGGAAUCGCCUUGGUUCGCUGCCCAGCUGAGGCGGCGGCCAAGGCAAUUAGAGCAGGCAGAUUGCCGGUGGGAUGGGUAGUGGCGAAGGAAUGGAGAUACGGAGGCACAGGUGAGGGACAGAGUAAGAAGAGCGGCGGCGGUAAUGCGACAAGUGUGGAGGAUAGGGAAAAGGAGAUUUGA